CUCCAGCGCUUGUUUUCUCUCGUCCUUUCCAACCCAAACUAAAAAUAACAGGGGAAGGCAGGAUGCGCACGUUUUUGUUGAUUCAUCCAAAGACACUUGUUCGGUUGGAGAGAUUCCAUUUUGUUUCCUCACAUACCUUGUGCCGAAGGAUCUCCAGCAGGGUCGCAACCCCGGCAGGUCGGUCUUGUUUCCCUGAUCUACGCCUCGCGGAUCGGUGUCGCUCCGGGUUGAGUGGGAUGCGACCAUGUGGGCUGGGACAGGUGUCUUUGAUGUUGGACGGGAUUUUGGUCUAUAUGUCGUGGUAUUGAGUCUUUCUGUUGCACGGCGCCUGCGGAUAUCGUUAUUUUGGGGAAGUCUUAUCUUUGGAAGCGUUUGCCCACAGUGGUGGCAUCUUGAUCAAUACCCAAAGUCAAGACUUCACAGCCGCUGUCUACGAAAUGAGGACUCAUGUUUGCUGCAACUGCUAAGAGUUUGGUUUGUUGUACGGAUCUUUGGAUUAUUGGCUGAAGCUAGUAUACGACCCAGUGGUCUACAGACGUCUUACUCACUCCACCAGCAGCUACACACUACUACGGCAAAGCUUCAUAGGCAUAGUGCUUAUCGAUCCGGGGAACAGCAAGGAGUCUAAAUACAGCCAGCCUCAUGAGUGGCAUUUGAGCGGUAUUCUUCAGUGGUCCCUCAACAGGACUAAGCGUCGGCUCGGUCGACACCGAGAUGACCAAAAGGCAGGACCCGUGGAUCCCUUUUUCACCGACCAGAUCACUAAAGCCUGACCUUACCUUAC